ACAUCAGUUUUGUCCAGAUGGCGGCCGUCGUAGGAAUCAGCCCCUCCAUGUCGUCCCCGAGCCUCAGCAGCGUCCUGACCCACGCCAACCUGACCGUGUACCAGAACGGAAUACCUGACGUCGCGCCGUCACAGCUCGCCAUCAGCAGCCUGCAUGGCUCCAGCAGACUGUACAGCUCAUCCAGCAUUGGUCAUUGGUACCGUGAUGUCAGCCCUCAGUGCUGGACGUCCGGCCAGGUUCUGGAGUGGAUCAGCGACCACGUGGAGAACAACCAGCUUGACGCCAGCGCCCUGAGUCUAGCGUACUGCACCAUGGAUGGCGCCACCCUCUGCCGCCUGGAGCUGGACCAGAUGAGCGGACUCUUCGGUCCCCAACUCGGCCCCCAUCUCUACCAGAACCUGCAGGAAAACAAGACCAAAUACGAGCUGCAGAGCCUGUCGUCACCAGAACUGAACGAGACCUGCCAGCUUCUGGACAACUUCUUGGACAGCCUGAACUUUCCGUUACUCAGUACCCUCCGCUUUGGUCAGCCUGAUGAAACCACGAGCAGCAAAGACUAUGACUUCCGGGACGACUACGCCCUGAUGAGUCUGAACGUGGAGCCGGUAGACGAGGCCGAGUACACUUCCGAUAAUCAGUCCGACAGCGAGCUCAGCUCGUCAUCUAACAGCGGCCUGUUCAGCUACGUCAGCUCUCCAGAGUCCGGCAGCAGCGAAUCGGACCCAGAGUUUCCGUACCCUCAUGCCUCCGACAUCAACAUCAAAAUGGAAGACAGUGAAUCUCGACUGAAGAGACCGCGAGGACGACCUCCAAAAGCCACCCGCAACCCUGGCUGCAGCGCCUAUGACAACCCCAAGAAGAGCAAACACGCUCCUCGGGGAACUCACCUCUGGGAGUUCAUCCGCGACAUCCUGACCAACCCGGAGAAGAACCAGGGCCUGAUGAAGUGGGAGGACCGCCGGGAGGGUGUCUUUAAGUUCCUCAAGUCGGAGGCCGUGGCCCAGAUGUGGGGACAGAAGAAGAAGAACAGCAGUAUGACGUACGAGAAGCUGAGCCGGGCCAUGAGGUAUUACUACAAGAGGGAGAUCCUGGAGAGGGUGGACGGCCGGAGGCUCGUCUACAAGUUCGGGAAGAACUCCAGCGGCUGGAAGGCGGAGGAGGUUGGAGUGGCCAUGUGAGUCACGUGGGCCGCUCCGUCAUCGUCAUCAAGGUAGUUCAGGAACCACAGGAAACCUAAGACGCCUGCCUGGACAAACCUUUAAGACACUAACUUCCUGUCACAGGGAAGGUGUUACAGAAACUGUAAGCCAGUGUGUUUGGCUGAUGUAGGUUUUAUGAACCAAUAUUAACGUGUGAUGUCUUUUUGAUAUUUACUCCAUAAACUAACAGCACAGUAAACAAAACAGACUUUUGUUUGCAUGCUUUUGUAAAGAAUCCACUCCAGUUAGAAGCUCAGUGUCUGUCCUGAGCGUUUGAGGAAGAAGGGUUUCCCAUCUCUUAUUCUUUGUUGCACUUAUCCGUCAGUUUGAUCUCAGUUCUAUUGGACAUGUGGAAAAAUGCAGUAAUCAAUGACAUCCAUGUUUACUUUUCAGUAUUUUUGUCAUCUAAUUUAAACGUGGUUGACAUGUAGACGACAUGUAGAUCAAAUCAAAUCAACAGGAUUCAGUUUGUUUGAGUUGAAGAGUUCCUGGAUGUUCUGUGUGCGUCGCACAGAGACUGGAGAGUAAACAUGGGCAUCAUGAAUCCAAGACGAGGAGUGUCUGAGACUUGUAACGCCGGUGUACAUAUGUGUUUCUAUGUAAGUGUGAGCUCAGCUCUGGAUCUGUAUGUGGGCCGCGGCUGAAGAGCGUGCGGUCCACGUAUUUGCGUGUAUGACUUGUUAUAAAGUAUUUUCAUGUGAUGUGUGACUACAAGAGAGUUGAUGAGUGACUUUUACACGUGACUUGUGGCUGGUCGUGUUUGGAUCAGUCACAGGUUUCCAUGUGAUUCAUCACUUUAUGAUCCAUGUAACUUUGGACUGAUGAGUGUAAAUCUCUCUGGAUUAAAUAAACUUUGUAUAAAUAUG